GUUAGAAGACGCGCUGUCUAGAUCUCAGCCGGAGGGUCAGUCAGAGACUUAGCAACCGGUGCUGGAGGCACCCAGAGAGCCGGCUGAGCAGAGCCAGCCCCACACAAGCUGCAAUGCAGAGGCUGGGGGAGUGUCUCCUCCUGUUGCUCUUAGCAGCCUUUCUUCUUGCAGCCAGCAAAGAAGCAGGGACCCUGCAAGUGAGGCAAGAUCCUGCCCGGAUCCUGGCCCCGCUGGGGGGCUCGGUGGAGCUGUCCUGCCAGAUCAAAGCUGCCCAGCGCUGGGAGCGGCUCCGUGUGCAGUGGGAGAGGGGCAGCCCCCCGACGGUUUUCUGCCAGGUCGUGCUGAACAAUACCAGCGUCUCCAACUGCUGCAGGGGCAUGGGGGUCUGUGAUGACGCCCGCCUCAGCUUCACCUGGCGCCCCCCUAAGUUCACCCUGAGGAUGGGCAACAUCAGUGAAGAUGACGUGGGGUGGUACGUGUGCAAAGCCAUCGUGGAGAUCCCGGUGUAUCUGGAUGCCAUGGGCAACGGGACGAUGCUGAAUACCUCAGCAGCAGCAGAAGGAGGAGGUUGGCUGAGGAAUCACAGCAGAGAUCUAGUGUUGUGGCUGGGCCUCGCUGGAGCACUGGCCGUCACUGCGCUGCUGCUGCCGCCGGCCGUGAUCUGCUGCUACAAACGCAGGCGCAGAGAUCCAGGGCAGGCAAUCUACGUGAACGUUCUGUUCCGCAAAAAGCAAGAGGGAAAGAAAGACGGUCCCCGAGCCAGUAGCGAGAUGAAGCAGAGCAGCCUCUACAUCCAGGAGUUCCAGAGAAGGGGGCCCAACUGGAAGCCCCCAGUUGCAGAACGGAGCCCUGGCCCCACAAAAGCUUCCAAAAAGGCCUCCUCCUUCAAGCAGAGGGCAACGGAAAGGCCAUGAAGAUCCACGCAGCGCUCGGAUGUCCCCAGUCAGAGCCCUGCCCACUCUGCUUCUCCGGUUCUAACCCUGCCCCUCUCCACCUGGACCCCGGGGCUGCCUCUCACGGGGGUUAAGUGCCGCCCAUGUGC